AUGAAGAAAGGUGCCCUCGCUCUCUUCCUCCUCCUCCUCGCCGUUGCUUCCCAUGGCACAUGGUGUGAGGCAGCUCCGAGAAGGGCCAUGGCUGGUGCAGCUCUCCAGCCCCAUGAAAUCCAAGGCCAGAGGCUCCUGGAGAUGUCGAGAGCCAGGAAGCUUGGGCACACGGGAGGCCGCGGCUCCGGUGGUGGAGCGAGCGGUGCCGGGAGGCACACCGGUACCGGUGGCGGCGCGGUGAACACGAGGCCGCACAACACCAAGAACGGCGGCGCUGUGGCGCUGCCGGCUCUGGUGACCUCCGCUCUGGCACUGGUUUUCACCACUGUCAUUCUUCUCUCGGCGCUCAGCUUCUAA